UAUAGUAUAAUAUAAUAUACUACUCUCUCUUCAAUUAGGGCUUGAUCUUUUUUUUCCCUUGGGGAUAUUGACAGAGGUGGAUUGUAGAAGAGCAAUGCUUCAAUCCCAGUACGAAAUCAUUGUGUUAUUUUGUAUCUUUAUAACCUUUGUUAGAACUGGGAUUGCCGGAAGAACAAGUACUUAUAUUCGUUCCGAAUGGCCAUCUUCCGAUAUGCCGCUUCACGACGACGUUUUUGCUGUCCCAAAAGGCCAUAAUGCUCCCCAACAAGUUCAUAUUACUCAAGGGGAUUAUGAUGGAAAGGCUGUAAUAAUCUCAUGGGUUACCCCAAAUGAAGUAGGUUCAAGCCAAGUACUAUAUGGCACAUUGGACGAGAAAUAUGGUUUUAGUGCUCAGGGAACGGUCACCAACUAUAGCUUUUAUAACUAUUCUUGUGGAUUCAUUCACCAUUGCCUUAUUGAUGGCCUUGAGUAUGACACCAAGUACUAUUACAAGAUCGGCGCUGAUAAGGCUGCUCGUGAAUUUUGGUUUAUAACUCCUCCAAAGAUUGAUCCUGAUGCUCCCUACACUUUUGGGAUUAUCGGUGAUUUGGGUCAAACAUAUAAUUCUUUUUCCACUCUCGAGCAUUACAUGCAGAGUGGGGGACAAACUGUCUUAUUUCUUGGUGAUCUCUCUUAUGCUGAUAGAUAUGAUCAUAACAACAUUGGUAUUAGAUGGGAUUCAUGGGGACGCUUUAUUGAGAGGAGUGCUGCAUAUCAGCCAUGGAUUUGGUCAGCAGGGAAUCAUGAAAUAGAGUACAUGCCAAACAUAGGGGAAGAUUUUCCAUUCAAAUCAUAUUUACAUAGAUUUUAUACACCUUAUAUGGCCUCCGAUAGUAGCAGUCCACUUUGGUACGCUGUGCGACGAGCAUCUGCUCACAUCAUUGUCCUAUCCAGUUAUUCUUCUUUUGUGAAGUACUCACCUCAAUGGAUGUGGCUGCGAGAAGAGCUGAAGAGGGUGGAUAGAAGGAAAACGCCUUGGCUUAUUGUUCUCAUGCAUGUGCCCCUCUACAGUAGUAACCAGGUCCAUUAUAUGGAAGGUGAAGGCAUGCGGGCUGUCUUUGAAAGCUGGUUUGUCCAGUCAAAAGUGGAUUUCAUAUUCGCUGGCCAUGUUCAUGCAAAUGAAAGAUCAUAUCGCAUCUCAAACAUUUAUUACAAUGUAUCAACCGGUGAUCGUUACCCUGUACUGGACAAGUCAGCUCCAGUGUAUUUAACUGUUGGGGAUGGAGGAAAUCAGGAGGGCCUUGCUGGAAGGUUUUGGGACCCACAACCAGAAUAUUCUGCGUUUCGCGAAGCCAGCUAUGGUCAUUCUACAUUAGAGAUUAAAAACAGAACCCACGCAUUCUAUCACUGGAACCGAAAUAAUGAUGGGAAAAAAGUACCAACUGAUGAUGUGAUAUUCCACAAUCAGUACUGGGCAAGCAACAUGGGGAGGAGGCGACUGAAGAAGAAUCGUUCUAAGGCCGGAGAGGAAUGAAUUGCUUAAAAUAUUUGGAUCAUAUUGCUUACACAUAUAUCAGAUCAUGCUUUCUAGCUAUUCUUUUAAAAUCUUGAGGAUUUUUUAGUUGAACUGCAAUUUUGGUAUGAAUCGCUCAGGCAUGUGGUGUGGACGUAAAAGAAGACAACAUAUGAAAGGUGGCUUGUUAGUUUGGGCAGCAUAUGAAAGGUGGUAAUGUUACUAUUGUACCAUAUACUUAGUUGUAAAAAGUAAUUGAAAAGCAAAAGUAUGGUAGUUGCCAUUGUACUUGAAUUUUGAAAUCUGGCUGGGUUUCGAUAUAUGAAAAUUUUGGAAUAGUUUGACA